CCGUCCUACCUCCGGCUGUACAUGGCUGAGGAAUCCUGCGAACAGACCUAUGGGUUUAUGCCGUGCACCACCACUGCACUGGGAAAUGUCUUCCUAAUUAUAGUGUAUGGUUACCUAAUGUUCCUUGCCGCUACUUAUCUCUCCGCCGGCAGUGAGCUUUUACUUCAAAUCCUUGGCCCUGGAAUUGUAGGCGGUCUGUUUCUCCCCAUACUCGGUGCUCUUCCCGAUGCUAUGCUUAUUCUUGUGUCUGGCUUAUCUGGAAGCACAGAAACUGCUCAAAGCCAGGUCUCAGUUGGAAUGGGAUUGCUAGCUGGGUCAACCGUCAUGCUUCUUACUCUGGUGUGGGGCACCUGUAUUGUCGUUGGCAAGUGUGACUUGCAGAAUAAUGUUGCUAUAGACUUACAAGAUACAAAAGGCUUCAGUUUAAUUGGCUCUGGCAUUUCUACUGAUAUCCGGACUAGCUAUGCUGGCAUUAUCAUGGCUAUAUCUGUGAUCCCUUUCAUAGUUGUCCAAAUACCAUUAAUUCUCCAUUCACAUUCAGGAAGACACUUGACUGUCUUGAUUGCUCUUAUUCUCUCUGUUUCACUUCUGAUCGUCUAUUGCCUUUACCAGGUUUUUCAGCCCUGGAUUCAGGGGAGACGGCUUGCUUAUGCAAAGCAUAAGCAUGUAAUAUCAGGAAUCUUGAAACAUUUGAACACGCGUGCCUUGGGAAAGCUUUCCACGGAUGAUGGGAAGCCUAACGUAGAAAUAUUGGAAAAGCUGUUCAACACAAUUGAUAAAAAUGAUGAUCAACACCUUUCACGUUCUGAACUUAGAGCACUAAUUGUUGGAAUCCACUUCAAUGAGAUUGAUUUGGAUGAGAAUGAUGUCGUUGAUAAAGUGAUGAAAGAGUUUGAUACCACUCAUGAUUCUAAAGUUAGUUUAGGGGAGUUCAUUGAUGGAGUUGAGAGAUGGCUUCAGAAGGCUAAGGGUGCUAAAGUUUCUAAGCAUGCUGGUCUCGGUUAUAUAGAUUAUUUUCAUGAGCAAACAAAGAGAGAACACAAUCUUUUGGAAGAACAAAGUGAUGAGAUUGUUGAGGCCGUUGAGAAUCCCCGAUGGACUUCAUUUAAAGCUGUAAUGUUAUUGGUGCUGGGAACUGCUAUUGCAGCAGUAUUUGCUGAUCCUCUGGUAGAUGCUGUCGAUAAUUUCUCCAGUGCCACGAGCAUUCCUGCUUUUUUCAUCUCAUUCAUUGCGCUUCCACUGGCUACCAACUCCAGCGAGGCAGUGUCUGCAAUUAUAUUUGCUAGCAGGAAAAAGUUCAGAUCUGCCUCCUUGACAUUUUCAGAGGUACUAUGCUUCCCCUCAUGUUUUCUAUAGCAAGUAUUCAUAUUA